AUCAUGCCGAACAACUACAGGUAGAAGUAGGCCACGCAGAUUGAUAAAGGACUCCUACUUUCUAUACUUCAUGUCCUGAUGUCUUUCGUCCUUGCAUCUUGUAUGAACUUGUGCGUUUUUUAAUUCAAUUUUCUUGGUUGCGGAGCACGUUGACGUUCCUAGCCUUGUGUCCUACUUACCAACCUACUCGAAAACUGAAAAUAACCGAGUUGCUGACUGAAAUAAGGGAGGGAGCUUUGACAGGGCUACUCUUUCUUGUUCAGUAUCUCGCUUAUUUUAAGUACUAAUCCUACGUACCAACCUACUUAGCACUAACAAAAAAGCAAAAAAUUAUGACAACUGGUCCCACAACUACCUUAGCGUCUGGCGCUUCUCGUGCUGUUUGUGCAGCAGCAGUUGGAGCAGCGGAACAGGCAGUAGCUGCUUCAUCCUCAUCCAAGCCGAUUGAUGAGUUUUGGAAGAAGCAAAUCGCGGAACAAACCAGAGACGGUUGGUACAGCAAAGCCAUUUCCUAUUGGGAUAAGCAGGAAGCCAGUGUCGAAGGCGUUCUAGGCGGAUUUGGAUACACAAGCGUGCAAGACUUGAGGGAGAGCAAGCGGUUGUUGCAGAUGCUGAGAGGACGUACUUAAAAUGGAUUUUUAGUUUUGAGUUUGGUUUUUUAAUGAAAUUGAUAAAUAUCGAAGGCGGGGACUAUAAUUUUUUUUCCAUUCCCAUUCGUUCCCAACACCAUCUUCCAACAUCUUUUUCCAGGUCCCGACCUUAAUCUCUCCUUCAAUCACGUCCUUGAUUGUGGUGCCGGUAUUGGCAGAAUAUCAGAGGGUCUACUCUUUGAGGAGUUCGGGAAAGUAGAUCUCUUAGAACCUUGUCGAAAGCUGUUCGAGGAAGCAAGACGAAAACAUGGCGACAAGAUAACGCGAUACUUUCAGAAAUCUCUGCAGGACUUCAAAUUUGAAGAAAGAGAGCAAGAAAUAGUGGUCUCUGGCACUGGUUCUGCUACAUCCUCCACCACCCCUCUCCAAUACGACUGCAUCUGGAACCAGUGGGUUUUGCUUUACCUCACCGACGACGACCUGAUCCGCUACCUGCAAAAGUGCAAACAGCAUCUCAAGGCCUCAUCCGGGUUUCUGUUUAUCAAGGAGAACGUCCUGAUCCGGCCAACCAGGAGUCCCGAAGCUGCGCCAAAGGAGUGGGAAGUGUACUCUAAGGGCUUAGAGCUGGACGAGGACGACAACGGAGUAACCAGGUCAGAUGAGCGGUAUAGGGAGUUAUUUGCGAUGGCAGGAAUGGAAUUAGUUUGUGCACUGCGGCAAACAAAUUGGCCAAAAGACCUGUUCCCCAUUUACAUGUAUGUACUGCGAUGAUGAGCAUGAGUUACUUAGUAGCGUUUGGUGGAAAGGUGAGUCUGGAUGGAAACAAGGUUCGUCAUGAUGUUGAGGAGACGAAAAAAAUGAUGGACGAUGAACUCGGAGAAUAUCCUGCUUCAUCUAGAUGACCUCUCCAUCUUUUGGAACGACUUACAAACCCAAGUUGCAGCGCCACUGCAUCAAUUUAACUCUACCCAACAUGAGUACUGCUACGAAAAGCGCUUAAAAAGUGACAUGACAUGCAAAAUGUCGAUUACAACAUGUGGAUGCGAAAAUCUGAUGAUUCUUGUGUUCAUC